UUCCGCGGCAGCCUAGGAGUGAAGAGGAGUAUGUGGGGCCCGGGGAAGGAGGCCGCGGGGGCCGGGCCUGGGUCCCCCACUCCCGUACCCACUACAACCCCAAAUCCGUCCUCGGCCCCCGAGGACGGUAGUGCUCCAGAAGUUACUGGCCAUCUCCAGGAAAUUUACUAUAAUCUCUGUAUGGAAAAGUCCCAGAAAAUUAAUUCUUUUAUAUUGCAUAUACUCCAAGAAGUCGAUGAAGAACUCGCAAAGGGGUCAGAAGGAAUCACAUUAAAUAUUGCUGGUAACAGUCGCUUAAUGCCAGAAGAAAGAGUAACAGGCAAAGAUUUUUGGAUUCUUUUCAGAAUUUUAAAGAAGAAUCCAUAUAUCAGUGGUUUGGAUAUUAGAUAUAACCUCAUAAGUGAUGUUGGUGCAUACUAUGCUGCAAGACUGCUUCAGAAGCAACAUAAACUCGUUUACUUAAACCUUAUGUUUAACGAUAUUGGGCCAGAAGGUGGAGAAUUGAUUGCUAAAGCACUACAUAAGAAUACAACUCUGAAAUACCUAAGAAUGACUGGAAACAAGAUUGAAAAUAAAGGUGGAAUGUUUUUUGCCGCAAUGCUACAAAUUAAUUCAUCUUUAGAAAAAUUAGAUUUGGGUGACUGUGACCUGGGAAUGCAAAGUGUGAUAGCAUUUGCUACAGUCCUAACGCAAAACCAAACAAUUAAGGGAAUAAACCUAAACCGACCUAUACUGUAUGGUGAACAGGAAGAAUCCACAGUUCAUCUAGGCCACAUGUUGAAAGAAAAUCACUGCGUUGUUGAACUACAGGUGUGUAAGCAUAAUAUAAAAAACUGUGGUAUGAAACAGUUAUGUGACGCACUGUAUCUGAACAGAAGCCUACGCUACCUUGAUGUCAGCUGCAAUAAAAUAACUUGUGACGGAAUGGUGUGUUUGGCUGAUGUACUGAAAAGCAAUACUACCCUGGAAGUACUAGAUCUUUCUUUUAACAGAAUAGAAAAUGCAGGAGCAAAGCAUCUCAGUGAAACUCUUGCUUCACACAACAGGAGUCUUAGAGCGUUGUCAGUAGUCAGCAACAACAUACAGGGAGAAGGACUGGUUGCACUUUCACAGUCAAUGAAAACAAAUCCCACACUCUCGAAUGUUUACAUUUGGGGAAACCAAUUUGAUGAGGCUACAUGUGUGGCUUAUUCAGACUUAAUUCAAAUGGGCCGUCUAAAACCAGACAAUACAGAUGUGGAGCCAUUUGUGGUCGAUGGACAUGUGUAUCUUGCAGAAGUCUCCAAUGGCCUUAAAAAGCAUUACUACUGGAGACCAACUUACGGAGAAGCUUGCACAAACUCACCUAAUGCAGGUUUUACUCUUGUACCAGUAGGUGGACAUCUAUGAAAAACAAGCUCUGAAAUUUUCACAUUAUUUGUCUUAUGUUAAUAUUUUAUUGCCUAUUAA